AUGUCCAUAUACAUCGGAGGCUUCCUACUCGGCGUUGAACACUUUCGCCAUCUCAGUGUCCGCGCGUACGGCAACGGCGAUGUCGACCACCCUGCCCUAGCCUCCGAGUACCUCAGCGACGUCGAUGAGUACUUGUACCAGCACUUAGUUCUGGACUGUCCGGAAGUCAUCAAAGUCCGUGACUACGACACGCCUGGAAAGCCCGUCAUCGGUUACCUUCUCACCUGCCGCAUCGCGUUCGUUUGGGAGGGCGAGAAAGUCCCCGACCUGUCUCUCACAGAGGACACCCGCCCAUUCAUCGACUAUUGGUUCCCCCCGUCGGUUCGCACGCUGGACGUUUUCAAGAACAUGAAAUAUAUCCAGUAUGCAUACCCUUAUCCGCUCCACCCCCUUCUCGCCUUCAUCUCCUUGGGCAUCCGUAUAGCCCCAGUGGUUAUUCACGAUCCCGAGCCUCGUAUGUAA